AUGUCGGUCCGAACGUAUAGUUUAAUUCAUCAAAAUCAUCAAACUCAAAAUGUAAUAGAAGAAUAUUCUGAGGAAGAAGAAGAAGAAGGUGGAUAUAAAGAUCUUUCUUCGGGAGGAGAAGAAGAUCUUGAAGAAUCUCCUGAGGACUUGUUGGCCUCGGUCACUACCGUCAUUAAGAUUCCAGAAAAUAGAUCUGGCACUGCUCCAGCAAGUGGUGGAUAUGCAGCCUUGUUUCAACAGCAGAAAAAAUCAUCAGGCUUCUCUUCUUCAUCCACCAAAGCUACCAACAUUUAUGCAACAACAAAAAAUGAUCUUCCUCUCUUACAGGACUCUCUUGUAUCGUUAGCAGCGAUCACAAAGACAAAUUUACCAUCAUAUCCACAACGAUACGAGCUUCACGAAGAUGGUUCCGAAGAAGAACUUGACGAGAAUGAUGAUGAAAAUUUGCAAGAAGAAGAUGUCGAUGACUUAGCCGAAGAGGAGGAAGAAGUUGAAGAACAGGAUGAUGACGAAUAUAAUGAUGAAGAUGAAAUGGAGGAAGAAGGACGUGUUAUUGAUAUUUUGGCAAAUACCAUUUCAACAGUUAUUACGAAUAUUGCAGGAGACGAAGAGCAAAAUAAUGAAGAAGAGACAGCUCUUGAUGAACUGGCAGAGGUUGAAGACACAACGAUUGAAGACUCUGAAAUUGAUGAGGCAGUGAUUCCUUCUCCAAAAUUUAUUGUUGAUACUUCUUAUUGUGUCAAGAACGAAAGAAACCAGAUUCAUGGUGCAACUGUUGAGACGAUGCAGCUGAUACCCACAGAAAAUUCUGUGGCUCUUGAGGUGAGCGCGAGCUCAGUACCAGAAAAUACCUUGACCUGUUCUAUCAAGAUUGAAAAAUCGGAGAUCGAUGAUGGCUACACAGAUCUAGAGGCUGAGUGCAAUGAUAACAAAGUUCAACAAGAGGAUCCAGUUGUCACAUCACCAACACUUGAUAGAAGUUCAGUCAAGUCACCGCAUAUGUCCAAUUCGACUUCAGAACCUUCCAAUCUCACACCAAUUGUCGACGAAAAGCUUUUGAUGAAAAGUAUAUCAUUAUUUAAACAAUACAACGCUGGAAAGGUGUCACAAAGUACGAACGGACAUCCUUUCAAACCCAACAUUUCAAGCAUCAAAACAGAUGAGCCAUUGAGAGUUUCUAAAAUUUUGGAAAUUCCAAAACCUUUGAUUAAUCUAGAAGAAUCCAUUUCUGAUAACGACAUGGAUAAAAUUAAGAAGCAAAAUCAUCUACUGCGGAUGCAAUUAUUACAACAAGAAAGAAUAAUCGAAGAGAGUAAGAAGGUUUUACAAAAUAGAAUUGAGCAAGAAAUUGAAAAAGCAAAAUCACAGGCGCUUAAAGACUUCAUAUCCACUACCAAGAAGAAGCCAGAGCCAUGUCUAGUAAUACCGAAAAAACAUGUUGCAUCAGAGGAACCAAAGCCUGAAAGUUGCAGUUUUAAAAGCGUCGAACGAGUAACUGUCAAAGUUAAGGAAUUAACUCCAAGAGAACAACCAACAGUAGUGAAAAAGGAAGUUAUUGAAAUUCCAAUCGAUGAAUUCGAAAACAGCCAAGAUUUUAGAAAAAAGAAUGAAAUUCGAAACAAAAAGUUCCAAGAACUUCGAAAACAAAAGAUGGAACGUAUAGAAGAGAACAAACAAAAACGAGACAAAACUCCAGUAGUUGAACCAAAGCUUCAAGAAAAUGCUCUUCUUAAAAAUAUGAAACAGCAAAACAAGACCAACAAAUUACUCAUCAAGAAUGCUCUGUUGCAUUUGUGUUUGGCUGGAGAGGUGAACAAAAAAGAACGUGAAGAAGUUUUCGAAGCCAUGAAAGAGUAUGAAGAUACGCAUCAACUGCUGUUGUUGGUCAGGGAGGUGAAUGUGCCUGCAUUUAGAGCUCUUUAUGCUAUCAUUACAAAUGACAAUUCAAAUGUUGGAAGCAGCACCUGCACGACAGAUAGUCAUCGAACUGAAAGUUCAUCUCGAUCAGAUUCCUCCAAUAGUGGAUCUGAUAGUAAGGGAUCUAUUCUUGUGAAGAAAGUGAUUGGAAAGGGACCAAAAUUCCUCACAGAAGACCAAGUGGAAGUAUUGUGCAGAUAUGACUCUGGAGGGAAGAAGUUGUCCAAGUUGGCAAGCAAGAGUUUUAGUGUCACCACAGAUGUUGUUGUGCUUAAAGCUUCAGCAAACAAAAAAACGAAAAAGUAA